AUGGGCAAGUUCACAUCCAAGGGCUACUUCGGCUACGGCAUCUUCCGAGUCAACAUGAAGCUCCCUUCCGGCUACUCGGGCGGUUUGAUCCCCUGCAUCUACCUCAUCUCGGGCAACAACCCGAAAUACACCGAUCCUCAUGACGAGAUCGAUCUGGAAUUUAUUGGAGGAAAUACCCCCAGGGAUAUUAUUCUGCACACGAAUCUGAUCACCGGCGGGCAGGUGUACCUGCAGCAGUAUAAGUUCCCCUUCGACCCGUCCGCCGCGUUCCACACCUACACCAUCGUCUACUCGCCGGAUUACGUCAUGUGGGCCGUCGAUGACACCCCCAUUCGCAUCCACUACAAGCAGAGCGGCCGCCCUUUCCCGUCCGAGAACGUCAAGUUCGAGGGUUCCAUCUGGGACGCGUCGUCGUGGAGCCAGCUGAAGCCCAACUGGGGCAGCGGGCCCAAGGAAGUGAUUUUCCGGCGCUUUGAUGUGCGCCGCACGUGCAAGGCGUCGGGGCAGACGGGCCGCCCGUGGUGCAACAGCCUGCAGGGCAACAAAGCCCCCUGGACCCGCAGGCCCAGCGCCGCCGCGGUCGCACGCAGCAAUGAGUUCCGGAAGAACUAUCUGGUGAAGGACUAUGGCUGGUCGCGCGUGUAA